AUGACAGCAAACGGUUUUCAAGAAAAGAGUGGUGAAGUUAAAGUGGCAAUACUUCUGAAUACAAUUGGUGAUGAGGGUAUUGACAUAUUUAAUAACUUUAAUCUCAGUGAAGCUGAUCAGAAGAAAUAUGAUGUAGUGGUCAAGAAGUUUGAUGAAUACUUUCUUCCCAAGAAAAAUAUAAUUUACGAGAGAUUUCUAUUCUAUAAAAGGAUACAAGAACCUAAUGAGCCAGUAGAUAACUUUGUGAAGAAGCUGAAAAAGAUUGCGCAAAAUUGUGAAUUCAUGGAUGAGCAAGAUAUGAUCCGUGACAGAAUAGUAUUGGGUAUUGCGGAUGUAACAGUACAGGAGAAGCUGUUAGGCAUGACAGACCUAAAGUUGGAGAAGGCAGUGGAAAUUUGUAGAGCCAAGGAGAAGCAGAAAAAGCCGAUCAGUCCCAAGGAUCAAGGAAGGAAGGAAGAAACGCAAGACGUAACAGAAUUUCAGUGCAGAAGAUGCAACAGAAGGCAUCGCCCAAGGGAAUGUCCAGCAUUCGGAAAAAAAUGUAACCGGUGUGGAAAGUUAAAUCACUUUGAGGUAGCAUGCAGAGUAAAAGGAAUUCAAGAGGUUGAAGAUGUGGAGGAGGAUGAGAUGCUGGCAAUCGAGUCAGUAAAUAUUGUUAAGAGCGAAGUACUACAGAUAAGUGUAUCGGAAUGGUUUGAAAAUGUUAAAUUAGAGAAUAAGAUUAUUAAAUUUAAACUGGAUACAGGUGCACAAGUAAACAUUUUGCCAGAAAAAAUAUUUAAUAGCUUGAACAGCAUGAACACAAAAUUAGAGAAAACAAACAUUAUAUUGGAAGCUUAUGGUGGCCAAAAAUUUAAGCCGAGUGGUAAAGUUAGAUUAAGAUGUAAAGCUAAAGGUUGCGUUAGAAUUCAGGAAUUUAUUAUUGUUAGAAAUGAAAGAGUACCGUUAUUAGGCUUGAAAUCUUGUAUAGAGUUAGGAUUAUUAAAGAAAGUUGUAACAGUUAAGGUUAUAGAAGGUAAAGAUGAAUUCAUUAAAAAGAAUGAAGAUUUGUUUUCAGGAAUUGGGACUUUUCAAGAGAAAUGUAAAAUUUCCCUGAAACAAGAUUGUUGUCCAGUAGUGAGACCACCAAGGCGCAUUCCAUUAGCAUUAAAGGAUAAAUUAAAAACUACGUUAAAUGAUUUGGAGUCAAAAGGCAUUAUUGCUAAGACUAAGGGACCUGUCGAAUGGUCAAGUAAUUUAGUUAUUGUAGAGAAACCAAACGGUACAUUAAGAAUCUGUUUGGAUCCAGUAGACUUGAAUAAAAGUAUUAAGAGAGAGUUAUGUUUGCUGCCAACUUUAGAAGAGGUAAGUGCCACUCUGUCAGGUAAAAAAUGGUUCACUGUUCUUGAUCUUAAGGAUGGAUUCUAUCAUGUGGAACUAGAUAAAAAUUCAAGCAAACUUUGCAUUUUCGGUUCACCGUUUGGUAGCUAUAACUUUAAAAGACUACCGUUUGGUCUCAGUUUAGUCCCGGAAUUAUUUCAAAAAAUUAACAAUAAAAAUUUUGGCGAUAUUGAGGGCGUAAUAGUAUAUAUUGAUGAUAUUUUCGUGGAAACAAAAGAUAUUCAUGAUUCAAUUCUAGAUAAAGUAUUAGAGAGAGAGCAAGAAAAUUAG